CCGGCUUCCCGAGGGGCGCAGCGGUUCUAAGGUCAGGCUGAAGCGCCGCAGGGCGCGACGCGCCUGGGACUGCGCCGCCGCCCUCCCCGCCCACGCCAAGCCCGGCCCAGCGGCAGGUGCGGCCCGCGGCCCAGGACGGCGAGAGGCCCAGCCCGCCCCGCGCCCCUUCCCUUCCGCGGCGCGCCGGCAUGGCAGAGGGCGGGCAGGCGCGGAGCUGGGCCCGCGAGGCCGGCAGGGCCGCCCCUUCGGACGCGCCACCGGCGCCGCGCGCGGGACUGCUGGACGGGCCGCGCUGCCGCUACCUGUGCUCCGCCAGAGGCUGCUGCCGCCUGCUCCAGGGCCUGCUCUGCGUGCUGCUGGUGGCCUGCAGCUCCGUCUCCUACGGCUCGCCGGGCGGCUACACGGGCCUCUUCAGCUUGGGCAGCCAGCACUACUACCACUACGGAGGCGCCUACAGCGGCCUCAGCGGGGCUGACGGGGAGACGGCGCAGCGGCUGGACGCCCAGUUCCACCGGCUGCAGCGGCCGCCGGCCCAGGCCGCCAUGGCCGUCGGAGGGGCGCUGCUGGCCCUGGCCUGCCUGGCCCUGGCGGCCGGGCUCCUGCGGCUGCCCUGGCGCUGCCCCGCCUGGCUGCUGGCCGAGGCCUGCCUGGACGCCGUCGCCGCCCUCGGCCUCCUGCCGGGCUUGUACUUCUACUACGACCGCCUGGGCAGCGCCUACGCCUCGCCGGUGUGCCAAGAGCGGGAGCGCCUGUACCGGAGCAAAGGCUACGCCGGCUUCAGCUGCAGCGUGCACGGGGCGGAGGUGGCGGCGGGGGUCUUUGCGGGGGCCGCGGCCAUCGCCUACUCGCUCAGCGCCGCCUUGGCCGUCCGGGCCUUCCGGACCCUGCGCAGACUCCCCGCGAAGCCCGCCGGCCUGGCUCAGCUCUAGCGGGCGCCUCCGGCCGAGCUAUGCCUUUGCAGUCGCUGCUCCGCGGGCCGGAGAGAGCCCCCCUCCACUGCGCCCAGCCCGACCGCUCGAGGAAGGAUUCCCUGCGCCCGCCAGCCAGGCGCCCUGCGGUGGGAAUAGAGGGACUCCCCCCCCCACCCCACCCCCGGCCUUUCUUGGGCCCCUGGGGCUCGCCUGCACACUCCUGGGAGCAGAGAGCCUGGCGGGGAGGCGGACUUGGGACAGGCGGCUCUCUGGGCCGGCCCCCCCCCCCGCCUUCUCUCUGGGAUCGGAUGUUGUGCAGGUUUUUUUCAGUAUUUUAUUGUACAUCUGGAUCAAAAAUACAGAAGUUUGUAUUAUGCUGAACAAUAAAACUUCUAUCUUGGC